CAUAACAACCGGAUGUGAGGUGGCUUGUAAGGAGCAAGCCAAAGAUAAACACGUAGACAGGCAAAUACGGGCGAGGGGGGAAUUAUUAGCUAAUAAUUGGGAGGGUACGCUAACAUGUUUCAAAUGGAGUAGCUGGAGACAGCGUAGAGGUUUUAUCAGACAAGGAGGCGCCGUUGAAUCAGCCGAGGAGCGAGCCGUCCUGCGGGUACCGAGUCGCAGCAUCUGCAGUCCACAAUGGUGCGAGCAGUCCUGGUGACCGCCACCAGCAUGGCGCUGACCGGCGCUGUGGUGGCCCACGCCUACCUGCUCAAACAUCAGUUUUACCCGACCGUCGUGUACCUCACCAAAAGCAGCCCCAGCAUGGCGGUUUUGUACAUUCAGGCGUUUGUGCUGGUGUUCCUGCUGGGGAAGGUCAUGAGAAAGGUGUUCUUUGGCCAGCUGAGGGCUGCUGAAAUGGAGCACCUCAUCGAGCGCUCCUGGUACGCGGUGACGGAGACCUGCCUGGCAUUCACCGUGUUCAGGGACGAUUUCUCCCCUCGCUUCGUCGCCCUCUUCACCCUCCUGCUCUUCCUCAAGUGUUUCCACUGGCUGGCCGAGGACCGGGUGGACUUUAUGGAGAGGAGUCCGAACAUAUCCUGGCUUUUUCACUUGAGAGUUUUAUCUCUUCUAGGACUUCUGGCUAUCAUGGACUUCCUGUUUGUUAACCAUGCCUGCCACAGCAUCAUCACCAGAGGAGCUUCGGUCCAGCUCGUUUUUGGCUUUGAGUACGCCAUCUUGUUGACCAUGGUCCUGACGACAUUCAUCAAAUACAUCCUGCACACCGUCGACCUUCAGAGUGAGAACCCCUGGGACAACAAGGCCGUCUACAUGCUCUACACCGAGCUCUUCACAGGUUUCAUCAAGGUUCUCCUCUACAUCGCCUUCAUGACCAUUAUGAUAAAGGUCCACACCUUCCCCCUGUUCGCCAUCCGGCCCAUGUACCUGGCCAUGAGGCAGUUUAAAAAAGCCGUAACAGAUGCGAUCAUGUCAAGGAGAGCAAUCCGCAACAUGAACACUCUAUAUCCUGACGCGACUCCGGAGGAUCUGCAGGCCUCGGACAACGUCUGCAUCAUCUGUAGAGAGGAAAUGGUCACCGGAGCCAAGAAGCUACCCUGUAAUCACAUUUUCCACUCCAGCUGCCUGCGCUCCUGGUUCCAGAGGCAGCAGACCUGCCCUACCUGCCGCAUGGACGUCCUCAGGGCAUCCAACAACAACCAGGCCCAGACCCCACCCCCGGCUCCGGCCCCGGCCCCGGCGGCGCCCGCCAACGCCCCGGCUGCCCCGGCCCCAAAUGUCGCUCCCGGCAUGCUGCCAGGCUUCCCUCCAGGAGUUUUCCCUUUCUGGGGUCCUUUCCCUGCAGUUCCUCCACCUGCUGCUGCUGCUCCACCUGCAGCUCCUGCUGCAGCUGAUGCUCCACCAGGCAGCACGGACACGACGCAGGCCGCUGGCACCAGCCAGCCCACUUCUGCUGCUGCAGACGCUGCUACAUCAUCAGCUGCUGCCGCCGCCGCUCCAGGAUCAGCAAUCCCAGGAUUCCCUUUCUCCUUCCCGCCUCCUCCUUUCCCUGCCGCGCCAUGGCUGCCAAUGCCUCCGCCUCCUCCCUUCGUGUCGUCCAUGCCUCCUCCGCCUCCAUCGCUCUCUCGCCUGACGGAGGAGGAACUGAGGGAGCUGGAGGCCGAAGGGAGGAGGGGCCUGGAGGCCAGGCUGCAGUGUCUCCAGAACAUCCACACCCUGCUGGACGCCGCCAUGCUCAACAUCCACCACUACCUCAGCACCGUCGCCACGCUCGCACCUCCUCGGCCUGAGGGUGGCGCCACAGACGCCGGCGGAGCCAAUCAGGAGGCGGCGUCCGCUGGCGCAGAGAGUCCCACCGCGGAGAGGGACUCGUCCACCUCUGUGAGGAUCGAGAGGAGGAAGAGAAGACAGAGAAUCAGGACAGGCGUGGGAAGGCAGCAGACGCAGAGAGGAAGGAGAACUGGGACGAAGGAGCGGCCGACGACGAGAACGGAGAGCCCAGCGCGGCCGAGCUGAGGCGUCGCCGUCUCCGUAAGCUAGAGACGUCGCCGACGUCGCCGUCGCCACCUCCCGAGAACUGACACGUGACCGGCGAGAAGAGGGGGCGGGGCUUAUCGCUUCUGAACCAACAGGAACUUUGGAGAUAACUUAUGGCUGCUUCGGCUCUUCGUCGCCUCUCUCUCUCUCUCCCUCGUCCACACGCUCAGGUUUCCCACAGCGACGAGUCGGACUCGAGCUAAGACGCAACCCGCUCCUGUGUCGGACGGCGACGGCUCCUCUUCUGUUAUUCUUUUCCUCUCUCUCUUUCUUCAUCUUUUUUUUUUCUUUUUUGUGGUUGGAUCCACUCCGGAGUGGACUUACGCCACGCCAACGCCGCAGGAAAUGAACUCGGUCAGUCGGCGUUUAGGUCUAGUUUUACUGCAUCUUCAGCAGGAAGGCGGUCCUGCUCACCAUGUCAACAUGUUACGCAACAGGCGGAUCUUUAAUCCAGCAUUUUCAGUUUCAAAUAAAGCCAAACAGCUCGCUUCUGCUUUUUUAUACAUGGCCACCGGCCCGACCCUCUCCUUGCUUCCCAGGGUUCUGACCCCCCGCUGACACUGUAUCAUACUGAUUUAUUGGAAACUGUAUAUACUGUAAAAAGAGUUUUAAUAGGAUCGUCUUGCUGCGGAAUAAAGCGCCUGAAGCAGCAGCUGAUGCCACAGAGGAACGUGUCGAAGCUCCUGGUUUUAAGGGCCUUUUUCUACAGGUUUUCUGCUGCCGCCAUGUGAUGUUGUCUUUAAGUUGAUUUGGCUGUUUAAAUUAAAACUUCUGACUGAUCGAAAAAAAAAAUUCUUCACAGAAGGAGCGUUAUUUUAUUUCUGUUGUGGCUAAAACGACUUUAUUUUAAAUCUAGGUUUGUAGUUUUUUUUUUUUUUGGGGGUGGGGUGGGGGGGAAUCAUCAAACUGUUCCAGCCACAUUCGACACCAAAAGUAGAAACAAAGCUCAGUUAUAAUUGCAAGAAUAUUUUCUUUACUUGUUCACAACAAACUAAACAUGCGAUAUUUAAGUAAACAGAACAAAGUCAUCUGUUGUUGAAAAUCUGUAGAUCCCAAUUAAAGAAUAUUGCAAGGUUCUUGUAAAACUUUUCUACAUUUUCAUUUUUUCCCCCCAACUUUUGAGUUAUUUUUGUCUGACCUCAGCAGCAACAAAAACGGGUCAUGGGUCAA